GUAAAAGUCCUCAUAUUUUUCUUGUUGGUUGCCAUAACUGUAAGUUCCUCGCAUUAUAUCCAAAAUGAAAAUAGUGAACUGAUGGAUGGAUCUGAAAUAAAUGAAGCCAGUUUAAUACCAAAAGUACGCACGAAACGUGGCAUUUUUUGGGAUUUCUUUCAAAAAGUCAUCACCACUAAAAAUUUGGUUGUUGAUCAAUUUAUUGACACAAAAAACAGUUUAAAUGAAGUCUAUAAUAUGUUCAAUAGCGCAUUUAGUGAUCCUGCUCCGAUGAAACCUACAUUGCGUCCACCACCAACUACUGAAAGUUCCAAAUCCGAAUCUGAUGAAGAGAACACCACAGAAAUGUCAACAACUACGGAAAGGUACACCAUUUCUCGUUAUGAGUUUGGAAGAAUCCUAGGACGAAAUUUCCGUGGCUUACAGCGCUUAAUGAAAAUCGAACUCGAUGAUGCUUUUAAUCAAACGCAAUAUAACAUUGCAGAAUACAAAGCAGAAGCGAAGAAACAAUUCGCGAAUAGUUUACCCGUUGAAGCGAAGAACAAAAUUAUUAACCUCAAAGGAUGAGUCCCUUUCCGAAUAUUAUAAUUAAAUUAAUUUGUUUUGUUAAUUUUAUAUUACUUUAAAGUUAACAACUGCCAAUG